AUGGGGGCCCCCCCAUCCCUGUCUCUGCUGCUAUUGUGUCUGUGUCUCCUUCGUUUUGCAGCAGCUGCUGCUGCUGCGACUGCUCCACUCGAUACAAAUGUAAGAGACAGCGCCGGGGCCGAGGCAGGGAAGAGCCUGAGGGGGACCCCUCGGCCUCUUGUCUCCUCUGAUGUCCCUUCUUCUGUCUCCUCUACUGUCUCUUCUACUGUCUCUUCUACUGUCUCUUCUUCUGUCUCCUCGGGUUUACCUUCUUCUUCUUCGUUGAAGUCUGAGGCUGUCCUUCGUGAGUCUCCUGCUGCUGUGGAGCAGCAGCUGCAGUCGGAGACACCUGCUGCAGCUAUCUCUUCUCCGCAGCAGCUGCUGCUGCACCCCACAAGCACCAACAGCACUCCUUUUCUCUCUGCUGGUCUCACGCUGCAGCAGCAGCAGCAGCAGCUGCUGCUGCUACGCCGUCUCUUCAGCCCUUCAUGCCCUGUUCACUGGGGGCCCUUAGCCUCAGCAUCUCUGGGCAACGCGCAGCAGCAGGAGACACCCGACGCUGCCUCCUCUCCCCUCCCUACCCCCAACACCAGCAGCAGCAGCAGCAGCAGCAACAGCAGCAGCAGCAGCAGCAGCAGCAGCAGCAGUGGUAAUUGGCAGCGGCCCCACCGCCUUCGCAUGCAUGCAUCUCCCCCUCUGCUGAUCCCAGGUGUACAUACAGCUAUUUAUGCAGAGGUUGUUGAUGAUAAAGGACGUAUUAUCCCUACAGACUGCGGCUCGGUGUCUCUUCAGCUAGUGGAUGAAGCUGCCUUGAGCCCCCCAGCAGCAGCAGCAGCAGCAGCAGCAGCAGCAGCAGACGGUACAAGCGCAGCAGCAGAUGCUCUGGUGCUGGGGCUUGGACACCAGCUGCUGCAAGGAGGGCGAGCUGUAUGGAAGCUGCAUCUCUCUUCAGGUGUCUCCUUACCUAAUUUCUUUGUCUUUGAGGCCUUCCCUCGGCUCUGUAGAGUUUCUGCUGCUGCCUCAGCAGCAUCAGAGACAGUUCAGCAUGAGGGUUUGCUGCUGGAGCAGGAGCUGCUGCUGUCCUCUCAACUGCUACUGCCCGUAGCAGCAGCAGCAAACGAAGAGCUGUCUCCUCUGCAUUCGGAGACAGCCGCUUUUCUAAGACAGCAAAAGAGACAGGAGACAGCUGAAGGAGACACUGCACCUCUCCUCAGCCCCGAGUCUCUUAUUGCUUCUGUUCGUCUACUUGGGGCUUCACUAGCAGAAAAUAACAGUGAAGGAGACAAACAGAGACAGAAACAGAGACAGAGAGAGGAAGGGACAGCAGCAGCCUCGGGGGAGAGCAUAAAGAACGAGGAGACAGCGGAGACAGCAGCUGUCUCCUUGGAGUUUGCUCCUUAUACACCUGCAGUGACAGCAGAGAAGCCUCGUUAUAUAUACUUCGUGCGGCUGUCUAAGCAGCCAACUGUCCCUGUCUCCUUAUCUAUAUCUCCCCAGCUGCAGAAGGGAGCAGCACAACCAAGAAAGGAGACACCAGAAGAGCAGCAGCAACAGCAGCAGCAGCAGCACCCGGAGCUGCUACUCUUUAUCAGGGGACAGCAGCAAGCUGCAGGCGACACUUGGAUCUUCACCCCGCAGCAGUGGCAACAGUUUGUUGCAGUCGAGAUAGAGAUGUCUCCUGCAGCAGCAGCUGCUGCUGCUGCUGCAGUUGCUGAAGGAGGUCCUCCCUUCGAGCUGCGCGUAGCGCAUGAGCUGUCUCCUUCCCCACUUGCUGCUGCUGCUACAGAACCAUCAGCAGAAAAAGAAGCAGCAGCAGCAGCAGCUGCUGCUGCUGCUGUCCCCUCAGCUGAAAGUGUCUCUCUUUUGUCUCCUCCUACAGUAUCUGUACACUGCCGCGUACACACCUACAGCGACGACGCAGAGGAGGAGGCUCUGUGGGGGCCCCCCAGGGGGGCCCCCAAGGGGCCCCCAAGAGGGGCCUCCAGGGGGCCCCCAAGGGGGCUCCCGAAGGUCCCCUCGAGGCCCUUGUCAGUGCGGUGCCGCCUGCAGCUAAGUGCAGCAGUUGAGGGUGCUGUAGCUGUUGGAGUGAGAGCAGGAAGGGCAUUACGUUUACUGUCUCCUUCUCCAGGUACGGAGUUGCUGCUGCAUGCAGCAGAACAGGGGGACAAUCGUCUCCUUCUCUUGCAGCCAAAGGGGAAAGGCACCAAAGGAGACACCCAAUUAUCUCAGCAGCAGCAGCAACAGCAGCAGCAGCGGCGGCUGCAACGAAGGGGCGGGGAGACAGAAGGAGACGGAGACAGCGGGAUGCUUGAAGGAGAGACAGAUGUAGUUGUUGCGCUGCUGCAACCUGAAGCAACAGGCUGCAGAGACACCGCAUGCACUCUCAGCUUUCACUUAGGCCCCCGUGAUGAGCGUAAAGGAGGAGACAUAAGGCUGCUACCUGCUGGGGGGACAGUAGCUGUCUUCCCCCCUACAGAGCGCUGGGGGUCUCGCGCUGCCUCUGCAGACGCCACAACAGCAGCAGCAGCAGCAGCAGCAGCAGCAGCAGAGGAGACAGUAGAGGAGACAGCCCCUCUUUCUGUGGAGGUGGUGAGGGCUUGGGUAUUGAUGCCAGCGAGUGAAGCACAAGUAGAUGUGCUGCUUACAGGGGGGAGACAAGGAGAAGCAGCAGAGUUGCUGCAGCAUUGCUUCGAGGCGCGCUGUGAGAGAACAGACAAAUACCCCGUUGCUGCUACCGUUCGCUGCAGUGUCUCCGAACUGCAGCAGCAGCAGCAGCAGCAGCAGCAGCAGCAGCAGCAGCGUGUCUCCGCAGGAGACACUGGAGCAGCAAUAACUGCAAAGUUGUUUAUUAAGCUGCAGCCAGCUGUCUCUUCAGACUGCCGUCUUCUUCUAAAAGAGGGAAAGGUUGUUGGUUCUAUUCAGGUAGCAGCAACAACAAAAAUAUCUUGUGGAGACAGCUAUUAUUACAGCAGAGACACUGCAACUUGUCUCCCUUGUCCUCAAGGAUUUGUCUGUUCUAUGGGGAGGCUGUUUCGAUGCAGCAGCAGCACUGAUAGCCCCUGCACACUCUGUCCAGAAGGAGAAGAGUAA